CAAAAAUACAUGAUGAUAAUAUAAACGACGAGCCAAAGCAUCAUCAUAAUAAACCCUUAACGUUUUCCAACGCAACAUGUUGUGAUAUCACCAACGCCGGAUUCACGACGAUUCCCUUUACUCUCUCUCUACUCUCUCUCUAACCUUAUAAUCCCAACUUUUCUGUUCCAGAUUUUAACCUUCUUACUCUCUCUCAUCACUCAUCUUCUCUCUCUAGAACAACCAACCGAACAGCUGAUAGAUUCACUGCAUAAUGCUUCAAAAUCACACAAACUGAACGGAUUCAACACACAUUCAUCAUCAAAUCAUGCCGGAACAAUUAAUCUCAUCAUCGUUAUCAUCUCCAUCGUCAAUUGAAGAUAAUGACAACACAUUCGCCGCUAAAAAGAAAAAAUCCGACGAAGAAACCGCUGCUAAACCGCUAGUUUCCGUUCACCGGAGCAGAUCUCAGGCCGCCGGCAGCCGCCGUGUAGCUCCGGCGAUGGCUCUGGCGACGGUUACCGUCGGUUGUGUAUUAUCCUCUUCCGACGCUGAAACUGAAACCCUAGCUACAACAUCCGGCUCGGAAAUGAUAGAAAAACACCUCCAGAACGGAGAUCUGUACAUCGGAAGCUUUUCCGGCAACGUACCGCACGGAUCUGGAAGGUAUUUAUGGUCCGACGGUUGCAUGUAUGAAGGAGAGUGGAGAAAAGGUAAAGCGUCGGGAAAAGGUAGGUUUUCGUGGCCGUCAGGUGCGACGUAUGAAGGAGAAUUUAGGUCCGGUAGAAUGGAAGGUUCUGGAACGUUUACCGGCUCAGCCGGUGACACGUACCGUGGGGCGUGGUUAGGUGACCGGAAGCACGGGUACGGUGAGAAGCAUUUCAGUAACGGCGAUUAUUAUGAAGGAAUGUGGAAGCGGAAUUUACAUGACGGUAACGGACGUUAUGUGUGGAAGAAUGGGAAUGAGUAUGUUGGAGACUGGAGAAACGGCGUUAUGGACGGAAGAGGUGUUUUAAUUUGGGCGAAUGGAUGCCGUUAUGACGGGUGUUGGGAGAACGGUGUGUCGAAAGGGCAGGGGGUGUACACGUGGCCGGAUGGUGGUUGUUAUGUUGGAAUGUUUCAGCCUGAACAGAUUUUAAACGGAACUUUUUAUCCAGGUGGAAAAGAGGAGAAGUUAGGGUUUAGUCAUAAGGUUUUGGAUGAUGGUUUUGUGGCGGUUUCGACUGCGAGGAAACGGUCUUCGGUGGAUGGAUCGAGGGGGAGUUUGACGGAGAGGAGUUUUCCGAGGAUAUGUAUUUGGGAAUCUGAUGGUGAAGCUGGGGAUAUAACUUGUGAUAUAAUUGAUAAUGCUGAAGCUACAAUGUUGUAUAGGGAUUCCAUGGGGUUGGGUAGGCAUGAGAUUAGGCAGUUUAGGCGGAAUCCUUGUUGGUUAAUUGGCGGUGAAGAGAAGAAGCCCGGUCAGGUGAUAUCGAAGGGGCAUAAGAAUUAUGAGUUGAUGCUUAAUCUCCAGUUGGGAAUCAGGCAUUCUGUUGGGAAACAUUCUUCGAUAACAAGGGAUGUAAAGACGACCGAUUUUGAUCCAAAAGAGAAGUUUUGGACUCGGUUUCCGCCAGAAGGAUCAAAGCUUACACCACCGCAUCAAUCUGGAGAAUUUCGCUGGAAAGAUUAUUGCCCGAAUGUAUUUAGACGUUUGAGGGAGUUGUUCCAAGUGGAUCCUGCGGAUUAUAUGUUAGCGAUUUGUGGGAACGAUGCUCUUCGUGAGCUUUCGUCACCUGGGAAAAGUGGGAGCUUCUUUUAUUUAACGCAGGAUGAUCGGUUUAUGAUCAAAACUGUGAAAAAAUCAGAAGUCAAGGUUCUAAUCAAAAUGUUGCCAAGUUAUUACCAACAUGUUUGCCGUUAUGAGAAUUCGCUUGUCACAAAGUUUUUCGGUGUCCAUUGUGUCAAACCCGUUGGUGGCAUCAAGACUCGGUUUAUCGUGAUGGGUAAUCUAUUUUGCUCUGAGUAUCGAAUCCAUAGAAGAUUUGAUCUUAAAGGAUCAUCACAUGGGCGUACGACUGAUAAACCUGAGGAAGAAAUUGAUGAAACCACCACACUCAAAGAUCUUGACCUCAACUAUGUGUUUCGUCUUCAAGAAAAUUGGUUCAAAGAACUAAUCAAACAAAUAAACAGAGAUUGUGAGUUUUUAGAGGCCGAGAGAAUAAUGGAUUAUAGUCUUCUAGUUGGCAUGCACUUUCGUCAUGAUAAUACCGGUGACAAAAUGGGUUUAUCACCAUUUUUGUUGAGAAAUGGAAAGAGUGAUUCAUACCAAAAUGAAAAGUUCAUGCGUGGAUGUCGGUUUCUUGAAGCUGAGUUACAAGACAUGGAUCGUGUGUUGUCUGGCCGGAAACCGUUGAUCAGGCUGGGAGCAAACAUGCCAGCUAGAGCUGAGAGGAUGGGUAGGAGAAGUGAUUUUGACCAAUAUACCCCUGGUGGAUUCAACAAUUUGACACCUUCAAGAACCGGUGAAACAUACGAGGUAGUACUGUACUUUGGAAUCAUCGACAUUUUACAAGAUUAUGAUAUUAGCAAGAAACUUGAACAUGCAUACAAAUCCUUACAAGCGGACCCAACAUCCAUCUCGGCUGUGGAUCCAAAGCUUUAUUCCAAACGGUUUCGUGAUUUCAUAGGCAGAAUCUUUGUAGAAGACAAAUGACUGUUUGAUUGAUAACAGAUUCAAUCAAACCAUUUGUUCGCGUUGACUUUUACAAAGUCAGCAGGCUCGGAACAGCGAAUAUAUUGGUUCGGGUUGUCGGGUUGUUUGUGUACAUGUUGGGUGAGGGAGAAUUGGAUUAAUUAUGUGUUAUUUUCUUUAAUUAUUUUCCUUGAAAUUUUUGUGGGUAGCAAGGAAUAUGUGAAGAAAUUAAAAAGAAAAAAAAGAGGUUAUAGGGUGUUUGGGAAUAAGAGAAAAUGUACAGGGGUGUUACUUGUUAUAGAGUGAAACCAGACCAUGGUGGAUAUUUUGUGGUACUUUUGACAGUUUAUAUAUUGGAAGGACCAUUUUUGUAAAUUGUUAA